UUGAGGAGAAUGUGCUUAUCGCUCGAAUCCCCCUUCAAUCGACAAGACGUUUACAGCUUUGCUUCCGUCUAAAACAGCGAGCUUCUAUGUCCUUCGCCAAAGAGAUCCCGUCCUUGUACUGAGAAACCCUCCACAGAAUGUAUAUAUAUGAAUAUAUAUAUAUAUCAACACACGUUGUGGCAAAGUGAGCGUAAACGGUUUGUUUUCGUUUUGGUUUUCCGAGGAAUCCUUUUCGCAAGAGCUGUUGAAGUUUUUACUUGUUUUCACGUUCCAGGUUUUUCUUUUCUGUGUGUGUGUCGUUUCUGGCGCGCUCGCGCUUUUGGCAAGGCACCAGCGCUUUUGCGAUUGCUUUGGGGCCUUUUUAGCCCAUCGCGGCGGGGUGGGCAGGCGCCGGCGACGCGCGUUUUAACCCUUUUCCGCUAAGUGGAGCCUUCUGUUACGGGCCACACACGCAGACAUGGUGGCGUCUCUCGGCCUCUGUUUGACGGUCUACGU